CAAGUUUACAGAGGAGGAAGAGGAAAAAUAGACGGAGGUUGCUGGAACCUUUUCUGGAUAGCUAACCUGUGUGACCUGGAUAGCUAACACACCUGUGGGAGCUUCACUGGAGAAUGUAGCUGUAGCCCUCCAGCCAAACCACAGGAAAUACGCCACCAUGGGAGAAGCUCAGAAGGGCUUACUCUCUGUCAUUGAGAAACUCAAGGGAUCCACAGAGCAGGAGGUCAGGAUAGUGCUGCUGGGGUUGGACAACGCCGGCAAGACCACCCUGCUGAAGAGCCUCGCCUCUGAGGAUGUUAACACCAUCACACCGACACAGGGCUUCAACAUAAAGAGUGUUGCCUCUCAUGGCAUGAAACUCAACGUGUGGGACAUUGGAGGACAGAGGAAGAUCAGGCCCUUCUGGAAAAAGUAUCUGGAAAACACAGACCUCUUGAUUUAUGUUAUUGACAGUGCAGACAAGAAGCGGUUUGAAGAGACGGGGCUGGAGCUGUCUGAGCUGAUUGACGAGGAGAAUCUAAAGGGCGUUCCAGUGCUCAUCUUUGCCAACAAGCAGGAUCUGGCCACAGCGUCACCGGCCAGUGAGAUCGCCGAGGGACUCAACCUGCACACGUACCGGGACCGUGAGUGGCAGAUUCAGGCCUGCUCAGCCGUGUCUGGGGAGGGAGUUCAGGAUGGCAUGAACUGGAUUUGCAACAACAUUGUGAAUAAGAAGAAGUGACCGAGCCUCCCAAACAACACUGGUCGCAGUCAAACAGAGAACCAGCAUCACAUAAGGGAUUAAAAGUCCCUAAAAUUGUUACUACAUUUAAUAUCAACACACCUCACCCAUG